AUGUCCAGAUCCACUCAACAAACCGUCCUGCAUUGGUUCCGAAAGGGCCUCCGGGUUCACGACAAUCCGGCACUAUCACUAGCAUUCCGUAAGGCUUCGGAAUCCCUUGACGGUACUUUCGUUCUUCGACCAGUUUUUUUUCUGGACCCGGCAAUUCUCAAAUGGCUCAAAGUAGGACCUAAUAGAUGGCGAUUUUUGCAGCAGUCUCUUGUAGAUUUGGAUAACAACUUAAGACGGCUCAAUAGUCGCUUGUACGUUGUGCGUGGUAACCCAGUGGAAUUACUUCCGGGGCUCUUUAAAGAGUGGAAUGUUUGUUUACUUACCUAUGAAUAUGAUAUUGAGCCGUAUGCUUUAAAACGCGAUGUAGCCGUGCAGAAACACGCCGAAGAAGCAAGGAUAAAAGUUACAGUAGAGAAAUCUCAUACAAUUUUCGAUGCAGAUGAAAUAAUUCGAAAGAAUGGCGGAAAUCCUCCCUUGACUUACGAUAAGUUUAACCGCUUGGCAUUCAGCUGUAAAUUGCCAGACCCGCAGAAUGAACCGGACCCGUUAAAAACGGUUAACAUUCCAGACAAAGACCAACGUGAAUCUGCUGACGAAAAAUGUUACCAUCCUCCUACUUUGGAAGAACUGGGCGUUCGAGAAGACUUGGGAGAAUGCAAAUACCCAGGAGGAGAAACAGAAGGGCUCAGACGGUUGCAAGAAUACAUGAACAAAAUCGCUUGGGUUUGCUCAUUCGAGAAACCUAAAACUUCUCCAAAUUCUUUACAGCCAAGUACAACUGUCUUAAGCCCUUACGUGAAAUUUGGAUGUCUAAGUUCACGACUAUUUAUGAAAGAAUUACAACAAGUUGUAAAAGGUCGCAAACACUCUCACCCACCGGUCUCUUUAAUCGGGCAACUAAUGUGGCGUGAAUUCUACUACUGUGCAGCAGCUGCGGAGCCAAAUUUUGAUAAAAUGGUUGGAAACAAUAUCUGCCUACAAGUUCCGUGGUCUACUGACAAGGCAGAUCAAUUAGAAGCAUGGGCGUUUGGUAAAACGGGCUAUCCGUUUAUCGAUGCCAUCAUGCGUCAACUACGCCAGGAAGGUUGGAUACAUCAUUUAGCACGGCAUGCCGUAGCAUGCUUUUUAACUCGAGGUGAUCUGUGGAUUUCCUGGGAAGAAGGCCAAAAAGUGUUCGAAGAUCUGCUUCUGGAUGCUGACUGGGCAUUAAAUGCCGGUAACUGGAUGUGGCUCUCGGCAUCGGCUUUCUUUCAUCAGUAUUAUAGGGUGUACAGCCCUGUAGCAUUCGGUAAAAAGACAGAUCCAACCGGAAGCUACAUCCGCAAAUAUGUUCCCGAAUUGGCUCGCUACCCAGAGAGCAUCAUUUAUGAGCCAUGGAAAGCUAAUUUGGAGCAACAGCGAAAGCUGGGUUGUGUAAUCGGAAAAGACUAUCCUCAGCGAAUAGUAAUUCAUGAAAUCGAAUCCAAGAAAAAUAUGACCAAAAUGUCCAAUGCCUAUCGUGAGAAUAAACUUGCUAAGGAGGCUAAAAAGGGUCAAGGGAAAACUACACCAUCAACAAGUAAACGACGACCGGAUGAUGACUUACCGAAACAACCAGAUAAAAGAAGUAGACUAAAAGACGCUUAGCCAGUCCGAUUCGUUGGAGGUUG